AUGGACGGCACAUUUCAUCGCUUUUCUGACUUCCCCUGGGAGCUCAGGGACAUGAUCUGGAAUUUCGCUCUUCGGCCUUCUGUUCCCGGCGUACACAUCUUCAAACUCUACAAUUCAAAGACAGAUGACGGUGUUCACAAGAACAUUGACGUGUUCAACCCUUACGAUCAUAUUACUUUACGCCUUGCCGUUCCACAAAGCAACAAGUCAUCUAUUACCCGGAACCGCAACAAUCCUUCCACAUAUCUCAUCGACGGAGGCCUAUGGACUGCUUGCAAAGAGUCUAGGCUCGUCAUGAAGCGCAAGUUUAAUUGCCACAAAUGGAAGUCUUCAUUGGAAAACGGCAUACUAUUGCGCUCUGAGAUAAUAGAGACGAGGAUGGAUAUGGCGGAAACAAGCUACUUCGCGUGUCACAAUGGGCAUACACACUUUUUUACUGUUUUCCCCCACAGGGAUAUCUUUAUCCUUCGACCUCAAAACCUAGAGACAAUCGACUGGUCUGAAUUCCAUUGGGACAUUGAGCUUGGAUCGUAUCGCCGCGGCUUCGGAGGGUUCCAAAACAUCGCUCUAGAAUACAACCCAGAAUGGGGGUAUGAUAUCGAAGACAAAAUCGUUGACAUGGCCAUGAACGCUGGCUUUCAUUCUUCCGGACUUAGCAUCUGGAUCGUCGACUACACCCUAAGGCGAAGAGAUAGUGCGGCUGUUGGGCAGAAAACUACAUCCCAUGGGGAUGAAAGUGUGGCUUUCCAUUUGAACGGCCGGCGGUUGAUCCCGGUCAACACAUAUCGAGAUCGCGAAGAAGGCUGGAUUGAGAUCGAGAAAGUGAACGGAAAGUACAUUGAAAGAGUCUCAGGCAGGGUGGGGUUUAGCUCGAUCGAUCUUGUCAACCGCGUUCGUGAUGAAAUCUGGGAACUAUGCGACAGGUAUGAGGUUUAA